AUGAUCGAUGUUGUGGAGCAGAGGCUAUCACAAACAGAUUGCGCACUGAACACGACCCCCAUAACCUGCUUCGAUCGAGCUCGAGCUCAUGCUGCACGUUUUCAGGUGCCCAAAACUCCCCCGCGGGGCUUCCUGUAUGGUUUGCCGGUUCUGAUCAAAGACUCGGAGGCAGUGGCUGGGGUUCGCUUCACAGAGGGCUCGCCUAUAUACGCAAGUCGAAUCCCUGACAAAAGCUCCCCGCUGGUGACCCAGCUUGAAGAGAGGGGAGCCAUUGUUGUCGGGAAGACAAACGUCCCCGAGUUUUGCGCUGGAUCGCAGAGCUUCAACCCCUUAUUUCCAACGACCGUCUCCCCGUGGGACACGCGGACGACGGCGGGCGGCAGCAGCGGUGGGAGCUGUUCGGCUGUGGCAGCCUGCCAGAGCUGGCUUGCAACAGGCUCUGACUUGGGAGGCUCCCUUCGGACGCCCGCUGCAUUCUGUGGAGUGCUGGGCUUCCGGGUGUCACCUGGCCGCAUCCCAAGAGACGCAAGCACACCUUCAGGUCCUUUGGUGGGACUUCACACCAUCAACGGGCCUGUUGGCAGAUGUGUUCGGGAUGUGGCAUUGCUUUUGGACACGAUGGAGGGUGGUCACGGAUGGGAUUUUUCAGUGCCGAGUCUGCCUGAAGGACAUACUUUUGAAGCUGCGGCAGUUGCCGGAGCCGAGCAGGGUGCCAACGUGAGAGUCGGCUUCUCCACUGUUGGCUACACAUACUCGCCCAGCGUCGAGGCCUGGUCUGCCAUGUGCCGGAAAGCGGCAACUUUGCUGGCGUCGUGCAAUGAAGGAUCUACCUGCCAAGAAGUGUCGAGUGAUGCAAUUGACUUCAGCAAGGCUGAAGAGCUUUUCAUGAUAUUGCGCAGCAACACUUUUGCAGAGAAGUUUUCGGAUCUCUUGAAUGACGCAGAGAUGAAAGCUCUUUUGAAGCCAGAAGUUAUCUGGAACGCAUCGAUUGCUUCAACACGUGGUCUGGCUGCGAGAAGGCAAGAGGCCCAAGAACGCUUGAGCAACCAGUUUGCACAGGUGCAGGAACUCUUCAAAUCUAUCGACAUCCUCUGCGUACCAGCGACACUGGAUGCUGCGUUCGAUGCUGAUGUGCGCUAUCCCACGGAACAGCUUGGUCAAACUUUCUCGGACUACUUGGGCUGGAUGAUGCCAGCAUGUAUAGUCACCACUUUCUUGUGCCCCGCCCUGGUCAUGCCUUGCGGCUUCCUGGAGGAUGGCCGCCCUGUGGGCUUGCAGCUUGUGGCGCCCUUCGGCGAGGAUGCCGCGCUUCUUCGUGCGGCGGCUGCGCUCGAGAAAGAGCUGGGCCUGCCCCAGGGCUGCCCCGAGCCGCGCCGCGGCAGUGUGGAUCUGGACACCAAAGGCCCCAGAUCCAUAGAAGAGGCUGCCCUUCACCAUGGUGUUCACUGA